ACAGUUAUUCGGAUGACUGAUUCAUUGGCGCCCUUCAUAAGCAACUGACAAAAGUUCGCCAAAUAACCGAAAAGCCACAAUGACAUAACAACGGGUGAUUACAAUGAAUAUCAACCUUAAUUAUCGCAUCUUAAUUUUGCUCAGACGCACAGCGUGGAUUUGCAUACAAAAACAGAUUCUCCGCCCUUUCAGUGGAUUUUUAUCUAUAAUUAAAUGCAUACAAUCUGAGUAUGAUAAAUAUUGGUCGUACAAUAGAAAUGUAACAGUUCGCAUGUAUACACCGAUCAAUGUCGCUACAAACAUAUAAUAAUAGUGUUUGCUUUUUAAAAUAAGUUACUUUUUGCCACGGUGAAGAGAUUUGAAACCAUGUGCUCGGAAAAGCUUGACAUGUGAAUUUUAUUUGUAAUUGAUGGUUUUCACUAUUUUGUUAAUUUCUUCCGCUGUGUUGACAUGCGAGUUUACUCUUCCAUAAAGAAAAUAUUUACAGCGAUAAAAAUGACUAUUUGUUUUUAUGUUGUGUAAAGCUAUGUGGAUACUUGUAUUAUAUUGUUGUGUAAUGGAAUAUGGGAAACUUAGAAGGAUUUAUAUUAUUGUUUUGAUCGGUGCCAUCAGCGAAAUAUUAGAAUACAAGACUAUAGAAGCUUAUUGGACAUACUCUGAUAGAUGGUUACAAUGUUCCGAAUGCGAUCCUGUUACCUCUAUUGGAAACCCAAUCGAUAUCUGGGACAGUUUCCCAUGUCCUCCAAAGUCAGAGCCAGAAAUUUUCUUAGAAUUAGACUGGAUCGGAAAGUUAGGAGCAAUUGAUGGCGAAACAAUCCGCCAGAGAGUUGCGAAGAGGUGUGACAUUAGUAUUACGUCAUCGUCUGGACCACGCCCAGCCGAUUAUGCCGAAUCUUCGUUGUUUAUUGAAAACUGUGAUAUUAACUGUAUACUUGUGGUGCUAGCUAUUCUUGUUUGUUCCGUUGUACUUGCUAUUCCAGCUGUGCUGUGUUGCUUAAAAAGACGAAAUGUUUGUAAGUGGUUUACAAAGAAGACUCUCAACAGACAUUCCACAACAACAGAUCCUCCAUUUUACGGAGAUCAUUUUUAUCCGCCUUUAAACAGUUCAGUCACAAGAGAUUCCGAGAUUGUUUAUAAUACUGAUGGUGCUCAAGCUAGAUUGCUUCAUCCUGAGAGAACAAAACAAACUACUGUAUCGCCCUAUAGAUAUUACGAAAAAGUGUAUAACGAUAAAGAUCCCCAAGAGCCGGACUUAGAUUUAAAUCCAAAUCAGAAAAACUCUAGUGAAGAAACGUCAUUAACUUAUAGUGGUACAGAUACCACUCACACGUAUGAAUCCCUAAAGGAUAGCCAAAGAAGUGCGUCGUUUAGACUAUCUAACACGUCUGGUACGUCAGCACAAAAUCAAAAUGUCUCAGAUCGAGCUGACCAACAAUAUAAUUCUAGUCUUGCUUCAAGUAGUCAAGGUCAAAGACAUUGUGCUUGUCCUCGUUGUAGUCGAACAAAUAUAUAUCGCCCGUAUGAAAGCAUUGAUUACAAUACUACUUACAAUGUGUACCCUCAGAAAUUUACAUAUCCGUAUAAUAGAUUCCAACAAUAUAGAAUUCCAUCGCCUCCAAUGGGAGGGACAAAUGACAAAGAACGCGAGGCUUUACGUAAUCCUAAGCAAAAUUUGGUAGGCACUAUUCCAGAUGACACUUCAUACAUAGAGGAACCAGCUCCUCCCGAGGGAAUGCGCAAGGAUAGGUCGUUUUACGAUAGUGAUCAAAAUGAAGGUUCAGUAAAUAGUGAUUAUCAGAUUAGACGAAACAAGUGCAAUUGUAGAAAAUGUUCACAGACUAAUUUAAAUAAUUCCAAUUUAACUUCACCAACAAAUAUGUCUGAUAGUGAAUUCUAUGGAGUUCCUGAUCAAAUGACAAUAAAUAUGGUACCACUACGACCGUGUAAUUGUAGGCAUUGCUCACAGAACAACUUGGGACAAAUGAAAUAUGAUUAUCCCUCAUAUUACAAUCAACGCCACCCUUGCACUUGUAAACGGUGCUUACAGAACAUUCAACACAUAAAUCCAACAAUAGAAACAUAUUUCUAUGAUCCAAAUUCAAGUGAAAGAGAACAUUCUGGUAGGAAACAAAAUAAAUCAAAAUCGGAAGACAAGAAAAGAAAGAAGAAUAAAUCAGAGCGACCUCUGUCGUCUCAUGCAUCUUCAACUGACACCAAUACCGGAAGUGAAAAAUCUUAUAGAAUGGGUGUUCCAAAAACAAAUGGCUCAUUGUAUAGAUCUAAAUUAUCUAAAGCUUGAAAAUUCUGCGAUGAUUUUGUCUUGCAUUUUAUUUUGUUACAGUGUUGUUAAUUUAAAUUUAAUUAUACAAAAAUGAUUUGAAGAAUG